AUGAUAAAAAAAGAAUGCAACAAAAAUAUAUUAUUACAAAAAAAUCACUUUUUGUUAGGAACAGAUGAUACUCAAACUGAAAUAGUCAUUAAAUAUGCAAACAAAUAGUUUAGUUUCAAAGCCUAUAAUUAGAAAAUCCAUUUUUCUUACGAUGAAUUUAUAUAGACAAUCAAAGUUCUUUCGUAAACUAAUUCCAAUAUUUUUCGUUGUUAUAAUGAGAUUUAACAAAGCAGGACAGAAGAGGAGGAAAUUUAUAAUAUCUCAUAAGCCUUAUAAUAUUAUUAGGACAUCUUCAUAUAUAAAGAUAAUCAAAUAUUUUUAAUUGAUGAAUAUCAAAGGUUUUAGAGAUUAGAGUUAAAAAGUAAGAUUUUAAAGGAUAAAUAGAAGAAGCUGCCUAUUGCCAAUUUUUAUAAAAAGAAAAACAUCUAAAUAGCCAAAUUCAAACCGUUAACUAUUAUAAAAUUAGAACAAGAUUAUUGUAUAUUAUACUAAUCUAGCAAUUAAUAUUAUCUCAAAUUCCAGUAGUCAAAAAGAAUUACUAAUAAACUUAAAAUAUUGCCUAUUGUAGAAUAGAAAUUUGGAAAAAUCAAUAAGGAUAACUUUAAUGAUAUCUUCUCAGUUUAAAAUGAACAACUCGAUUACUCUGAUUAUAUUUAUAAUCUUUGCUAAAAUGUUUAAGAGCUUAAGAUUGAUAGCAAGUAUAUCUCUGCCAUUAAUCGAAUUCAAAGAUUUGUGCUUAGAAGAUAAUUAAAAUCUAAGUUGUCCAUAAAUUAAAAGUAACAAAAGUAUAAGAUUUUAUGGAGAAAAUCCUUAAUUUGGGAGGACAGUGCCUUUUUUCUAUUAAUAGCAUUGAACCAAGAUACUAAUAAUAAUUAAUCUAUUUUGAUUGAAGGGAAAUAAAUAGACCAUUCCUUAGGUAGAGAAGUUUAUGGAUUAUAACAAAAACUAUUUUUGAAGUAUGAAAUGAGAGAUAUUUUAAUUACUUCCAAUAAAAUGUUAUAAUAAGUUGAAAUUGUUCACGAAGGAUCAAAUUUGAGACUGAAAUCAGAAUAAUUUGAUUAAAUUUACGGAAGAAUAUUCCAAUAUGAUAAUUCUGAGAUGGAGUAAACAUUGAAUUUAAGAAUUGCAAAGUCGAAUUCAUAUCGAAAUUAAUAUGUCUAAAAUGGGUUUCUAAAUCAUUUACAAUUAGAUAACCAAUAAGAAAAUAAACUUGACUAAAAAAACAUAAAAUCCCUCUUUAAGUUGUUUUACUUUUAAUAUAGGAGACACAAAUUAUAGAACAUUGUCUAAUAUACCCCAAAAGAUAUAUUAUCAUUCCCAAUUCACUUUUUAACUGAAUCAGAAAUGGCAAACUUAACUUAACAUGACCAUGACACAGAUAUUUAAAAUGUAGAAAAUGAAGAACAUCAAAUACAAUAUAAAAGUAUUGAAUACAAAACAACACUUAAUGAAUGGGAUUUUAUUCACUCUAUAAUGUUUGAAGAAAUUAACUUCUAAAAUUAUUUAUAUAAAGUAAGGAUUUACUAUUCUAAAGAAUUCUUCAAGGAAUUAACUCUUCAGAUUUAAAGUAUAAACUUAUUCCAUAAAUAUGUUAUUUCAAGCAUCUCAAAUAUGGUUUUUAACAAAAAGUUGAUUGAAAUUGUUCAUAAUAUAAAUUCUAAUUUAGUCUCAAAUUCUUUUGUUGUUAAUAAUGAUAUAAUGCAGGAAAUAGUGAAAAAUCUAAUGGUUUUCAAAAUUUAAAGGAGAGUUAGAUUCUUCUAAUUUAUAUAGCGCUAUCAUACGAGAAAUUCAAAUUUUCUAUUAAGGAUUUCAUACAUCUUCUCGUAAAAUCAAUACUUCAAAAUUAUCUUUAGAUAUAAAAAGAAAAAAAUUAGAAUCCUUUUUAAUCAACAAUUAUUUUUGCUAGAUCUAGUAAAGUUAGCCAACUUUUACACUUUAACUAAAUCGUAACAAUCACAUUAUUAAAUAUCAAGCUUUUCGCAAUUCUUAGCCAUUUAGAACUCAACUAAUUAGAAUGAUUAUAGAUUUAAAUUAAGUAAAUUAAUAAAUUUUCUCGAAAACAUUAUUAAGAUCAGACAUAACUCCUUGUAUUUUUCCUUAAAAUUGCCAAUAUCAUAAGUUAAAUAACAGUAUCUUAAAUCGAAAUCCUACACUCCAAACUAAGCUUAUCAUAAAAAAAUUAUAACCAUUCAAAGAUUCUAUCGAUUAAUAUUAGCUUAAUCCUUUCUAAAUGCUCUUAAAAAAGCACAAUAAAAACAAUAAAACAAAUUGAGGCAUCAAUGUAUUAGAAAAAUACAAGGAAAAUAUUAUAUUAUAUAUUGCUAUGAAAUAUCACAAGUCGAACUUUUAGCAAAAGCAGUUCAGUACAAAGAGAAGUGUAAUUGUUUCUAAAAGUGUUUCAAAUUUAAGCAAUCUGACUUUAUCAAUUAUAAAUAAAUGAACAAGUAUCAAUUCUUGGCAAAUUGUAUUGAUUUAGUUGAUGGUGAAAUUCAAUUCAUAUUAGAGAAUUACUAAGUGUAACAAUCUAGUGAAGUUGCUCAGAAUGAUAAUGAAUAUUAAAACUUACAAGAUUAGUCAUACCAUAGAUAGAUUCGAUCAAGGUUAAUCAAUACUAAGAGAGAUCGAAACGUACUAUAUAAUGUUGUUUACUCUAAUCAAAAAAUUCUAAAUUCUUCGUGUGAUUCAUUUUUAAUUAAUAUCAACUUAAAAUCAAUGAGAAAUGUUUAUCAUUCAGAAGAUAAGCAUACCUUAAUUAGAAAUGUAGCAGAAACAAGCUUAGAUAAUAUCAAAUAUGAAAAUAACAAUUUAAAAGUCAAUAUAUCCAAGAUUAUUCCUGAAAAGCUUAAAUUUUCCUAAAAACCUCGAUUUUAGGCAUGCUAAAAAAUAUUGAGGUAAAAAGCCUAGGUGGAGGUUUUACACAAGACCACCUAAAGAUUUGAAAAUCAAAAUAAGCAAGAUCAAUAAUUCCAAUUCAGAAAGAUAACCAUUUUGGGUUAUUUUAAACAGAAUUUAAGAUCCUGGCCAUCAAUAUGA